CAAGCCUCUCGACUCCUGGACCUUCUGUUUGCGAUGUUGAUCAGAGAACUAGUCAAAUCAGAACUGUAAUUCCUCAUCAACUCUCGGGACAAACCUGGCUAUCUAGCAUAUACCUCCAAUAAGCCAGGCUGGCCUUGGUCUCGAGGACUCGACUCUCUUACGAGUAACUGGCGGUCUCUGUUUCCGGCCUGGCCUCCGCUUGCUAUCGUGUCGACUUUACAUUGUUUUAUCUUGUCUAUUUAAUCAAAACGCCGCUCGCUGACUUUGCGAUCUGAUUUGAUACGAUCUGGCAAAAUAUGUCUCCGCAGACUAAAGGGCCUGAUGUCCAUUUCACAGUUUUUAUUCGUCUGCCUUUUCCCAGAGGCGACUUUGUCGAUCCUCUACCUGUGGAAUGGAAUGCUACCAAGGAUCGUGCUCUUUGGGAGAUCCUUUCUCGGCCAUCGAAGGGAGAUGAUAUAGAUUGGAAAGCACUCGCAGAGAGUUUUGAUGUCACUCUUCCUUUCCUUCUCCAGCAGGCCGCAUGGCUGUAUGAUCGGCAGCUGUCUCAGGUUCGGGCGCAGAUGAGACGAGUGGGUACUACACAUUCGACUUCAUCUUCCCCUGCCCCAGGAUCGGUGUCUGAAAGUACUGCAUUGGGAGGACAAGGGAUGAAACGUAUUGGUAGUGGUGGAUCGCGAGUGCCGUCCAGAUUGGCGGUCCAGACGAAAGAUAUCAGUAUCCCACGAGCUGAGAGUAGCCCAGUUACGGCAACUCGGAAUAGGAUUUCCGUUCUUCCUCGGACAAGCUCAGCGACCACUGUGACGCAGGUCAAGUCGGCUAGGGAGCCGUCUCCGCGAGAUGCUCUAUCAGCUGCAGCCAGGACACAAAGGCCGGGAUCUGGAGGCAGAGGGCCGUCCAACACCAGACGAGAACAAGGGACAGGAGCUCCGCCACGAGAGUCGCCUGUUCCCGAGGAAGAUAGCUUGACAUCGUCCUCGGAAGAAGAAUCAGACUCCGAUGACGAGACCUCAAGUAGGAGAGCUCCUGGAUUUAAACGAUUUGGUAAAUUUUCGAUCCACAGGGCCGGUCUGAGAGACGACGAGGAAGACGACGAGGAUGAUUCCCCCGCUUUCCUGCCUCUUCCGCGUGGGAGUGAGCCGGGAUCUCGAGAAGCACAGAGGAGUGAUCUCAAUGCAACUCUGCGCCUAGAGCAACAUCAACAUCCUGGAGCACAGCGGAGAGAGACGACAGAACAUGUACCACUGUCGAAGCAAACCACUAUGAUGUCGUCCGCUAGCUCUGCUAGCUCGGGUGUUGCGGUUGGUAUGCCGCAGGAGGGCCGCCGGCGAUCAAGUUAUGCUCUAGGAGCACUAAGUCCUCAGCGUGCUGCGCAUCUCAGUCCUCGUCGCCGGGCCGCAGCGGCCAAUGAAGCCAGUGAUACACCUAGCAUGGGAAGCAGUUUCAGCGAUUUGGACGAUGCGAGUGUCACACAGUCAGCUUUAGAGGAAGCUCUUCUAAGCAACAUGCAGCACGGUGGCAUGGCCAGCCGGAUGAGCACCAUCAGCCAAGCCUUACGAAGUCGCUACCUCUAGACAAGGAGGCUGUUUGUAUGGCAGCUCUUGAGAGCGACAAUCUAUUCUUACUUUAUUUUUUUCUGGUAUAUCAUGAUAGUUAAUUAGUAGAUAAUAAUGCAGAAUACACCUCUCCCAAUACACCGAG